UUCUAGAGGUGGCCACAAGUCACAAAAGUCUAUCGAUAUCGAUUAUAUUUCACUUACCUAUCGGCCAUCUGCACAACACCGGCACGCUUUGCAGAGGAAAAGCACAUAGCACGGCGGUCAGAAAAACAGAAGACACCCCAUUAAACGAUCGGAGGAGCUGGUGGCCGCCAGUUAAAGCUUUUUAUUAGUGGUUUCUGUUCUGGAAUUGAGCGAAAAUGGUGUUUUACUUCAAGAGCAAUAUUGUCCAGCCGCCGGCACUGCUCUAUAUGGGGCGCGACAAGCACGAGAACGAGGAGCUGAUCCGAUGGGGCUGGCCGGAGGAUGUGUGGUUCCAUGUGCACGACCUGUCCUCGGCCCAUGUGUACUUGCGGCUGCGGAAGGGGCAGACCAUCGAUGACAUACCCAGCGAUGUACUGGUGGAUGCCGCCCAGCUGUGCAAGGCCAACAGCAUCCAGGGCAACAAGGUGAACAACCUGGAGGUGGUCUACACCAUGUGGGAGAACCUCAAGAAGACGCCGGACAUGGAGCCCGGCCAGGUGGCCUAUCACAACGAGAAGGCGGUGCGUCGCAUCCGUUUGGAGAAGCGCAUCAAUGAGAUUGUGAACCGCUUGAACAAGACCAAGACGGAGGAGGAGCACCCCGAUUUUCGGGGACUGCGAGAGGCCCGAGAUGCCGCCGAGCGCCAGGAUCAGAAGAAACUGCAGCGGGAGCGCCGGGAUCAGGAGAAGGAGGCCGCCAAGCAGCGUGCCCUAGAAGCGGAGCUGCGCAGCUACGCCUCGCUGCAGAAGAGCGAGAAUAUGCGCACCAACUAUGAUGCGGGCAACGAGUCGGAUGACUUCAUGUAGUCCCUGGGCAGGACCAAGUCCUGAUGCACCCGCGCAUUUAUCCCGAACAUCUCUCGCUGUCCUCAACAUUUUUUUAUUAAAUCAUACAGAAAUCGUUUUGUAAAUUACACAAUCGUACUUAUUUUAUGUGGAAGAUUUGUUGGUUGUGUUCCAAUAAUUCACCUAAAAUCGCAUAGUGCUUCCCUAUGCAUUUUGAAUUUUUUUAUAUAUGAAAAUCGUUUUACCAA